AUGCGGCCAGGCUCACAUCUGGACAGUGUUCGCAGUCGAAGAGCGGGAGCCGCUGGUUUUAGGAAUGUAAAAAGUAAAGGCAAAGUUUCCCGUGCUGGACGAGGCGGAGAGAAAGACCCCAGCUCCGGUUCAGGUUACUAUCCUGAUGAAAGCUACAAUGAAGUGUCUGUUGAAAUGCCCCCUCGGGCCCCUGCUCUGGACUACCGAGUGCCUCGAUGGUGUUAUACUUUGAACAUUCAAGAUGGAGAAGCCACUUGCUACUCCCCAAGGGGGGGUAACUAUCACAGCAGCUUGGGCACCCGGUGUGAGCUGUCCUGUGACCGGGGCUAUCGACUGAUCGGCCAGAGGUCCGUGAACUGCCUGCCGAGCCGGCGCUGGUCCGGGACAGCCUACUGCAGACAAGUGAGAUGUCCUGUGCUGCCGCUGAUCACCAGUGGCACCUACACCUGCACGAAUGGCAUCCUGCUGGAUUCCCGUUGUGACUACAGCUGUGCCAGUGGCUACCACUUGGAAGGUGACCGAAGCCGAAUCUGCAUGGAGGAUGGGCGGUGGAGUGGAGGCGAGCCUGUGUGUGUAGACAUUGAUCCUCCCAAGAUUCGCUGUCCCCACUCUCGUGAGAAGAUGGCUGAGCCAGAAAAGCUGACUGCCAGGGUGUACUGGGACCCACCUGUGGUGAAAGACUCUGCAGAUGGCACCAUUACCAGGGUGAUCCUGCGGGGACCUGAGCCAGGCUCUCGGUUUCCUGAAGGAGAGCAUGUAAUUCGGUACACCGCCUAUGACCGGGCCUACAAUCGGGCUAGCUGCAAGUUCAUCAUCAAGGUUCAAGUGAGACGCUGCCCUACUCUGAAGCCACCUCAGCAUGGCUACCUCACCUGCACCUCGGCAGGGGACAACUAUGGGGCCGUAUGCGAGUAUCAAUGUGAUGGGGGCUACGAGCGCCAGGGGACCCCCUCCCGAGUCUGCCAGUCUAGCCGACAGUGGUCAGGAUCCCAGCCCAUCUGCACCCCCAUGAAGAUUAAUGUCAAUGUCAACUCAGCUGCAGCCCUCCUGGAUCAGUUCUACGAGAAACGGCGGCUCCUCAUUGUCUCCUCUCCCGACCCUUCUAAUAGAUACUACAAAAUGCAGAUCUCCAUGUUACAGCAAUCUACCUGUGGACUGGACCUUCGCCACAUGACCAUCAUUGAACUGGUGGGGCAGCCUCCUCAGGAAGUGGGACGCAUCCGGGAGCAGCAGCUGUCGGCUGGCAUCAUAGAGGAGCUCAGGCAAUUUCAGCACCUCACCAGAUCCUACUUCAACAUGGUGCUAAUUGACAAGCUGGGUGUGGAUCGAGAACGGUACAUGGAACCAGUUACCCCUGAAGAAAUCUUCACUUUCAUUGAUGACUACCUUCUGAGUAACCAGGAGCUGGACCAGCGCCGGAAGCAGCAGGAUGUAUGUGAAUGAACUUGAGCUAGGGUACAGGGUGUACAUGAGGCACCCUGGCUCAAGACCUCUGGACCCCAGAAAAGAAAUCAAUAGGGAGUUUUUUCUAUUUGGGUGACCAGCUAUCCAGAGAGAUAAGAACAGAGCAGGGGGCAGGUCACCCACACCACCCCCCCCGGGAGGUUUUCAGGGAUCUGGGGGUGAGUGGGGUUCUUUAGGCCUGUCAGGUUCAGCAGUGGCUAUCUUCUGGAUGGCAACGAACACAAAGAGAAUUCCAUAAGAAUCUAAGAUCUGUUGGCAGUGGCUGGGGGCCAUGUUCCUUCUUCUGCCACCCCUCCCCUCAACCUUUCAAGCUCCCAGAAGUUCAUAAACCCCUCUGUUCAUUCACCAA